AAUUCAUUCACAACAUUCAAUCCCCUCCUUCAUAUCCUUCAAUCCCAUACCUUUAAUCUUUAUUCUAACCUUCUCGCAAUAAUGGGAAAGGUUAAGCAAUCCAACGGCAAAGCCGCAACGGCUGCCCCCGUCAAGAAGGCCGGUGUCACAAAGUCCAUCGAUAGCCCCAAGUCCAAGUCCAAGCAGAUUGCUAAGGAUGUCGCUUCCAAAGCUGUGAACGGCAAGGACUCUAAGAAGAGCAAGAAGAGCAAGAAGGUCGAGACUGAGUCUGAGGAUGAAUCUGAGGAUGCCUCCGAGUCUGACUCUGACUCGGACUCUGAUUCCGACGACUCUGCCGACUCUGCCUCCGAGUCCGAGGAAGAGAAGCCCGCCGCCAAGGCCUCCAAGGUCAACGGCAAGGUCGCCAAACCUGCCGCCAAGGUCAGUGCUAAGGCUAAGAAGGAUUCCGACGACGCUGAGUCCGAAGAAGACAAGGACUCUGACGAUUCAGAUGACUCGGACGAUUCCAGCGACGCUGAAUCCAAGGAAGAGAAGAAGGUUGUGGAGCAACCCAAGAAGCGCAAGGCCGAAGAGGAAGAGGCUGCCCCCAUUAAGAAGACCAAGACAGAUGAUGGUGAGGAGAAGGUCACUACCCUAUUCGUGGGUAACCUUGGCUGGGGUAUCGAUGAUGAUAAGCUAUAUGAGACAUUCAAGGACUGCGCCGGCCUCAACAGUGCCCGCGUUGUCACCGACAAGGCCAUGCAACGAUCUCGUGGCUUCGGAUACGUUGACUUUGCUACCCCCGAGGAUUGCCAAGCUGCUUUUGACACAAUGAACGGCUUCGAGCUCGAGGGCCGUGGAAUGCGAUUGGACCCUUCCAAGCCCCGUCCCGCUGAGGAUGCUACCCCCAAUGCUCGCGCAGCAGACCGAGCCAGACAGCACGGAGAUACCGUCAGCCCAGAGAGCGAUACCCUUUUCGUUGGCAACCUUCCCUUCGAUAUUGAUGAGGAUAUGGUCACUGCCUUCUUCGGCGAAGUCGCUGAAGUCAAGAGUGUCCGACUUCCUACUGACCCUGAAUCUGGAAACCGCAAGGGCUUCGGCUACGUCUCAUUCCACUCAAUUGAGGAUGCCAAGAAUGCGUUCAACGCGAAGAACGGUGGCUACGUUGGUGAGGGUCGCUCGUCUCGUACCGUUCGUCUUGACUAUGCCAGUCAGCGACCUCCUCGUGAAGGUGGCUUCGGCGGUGGUCGUGGCGGCGGCGGCGGCGGCUUCGGUGGUGGCUUCGGUGGUGGCCGUGGUGGUGGCGGCCGUGGUGGACGUGGUGGACGCGGUGGUGGUGGUCGUGGCGAUGGUGGCCGUGGCCGUGGACGAGGUGGCUUCGGUGCCUCUGCCCGCGGUGGCAUGCAGAGAUUUGAGGGAAAGAAGAUCACCUUUUAAGGUGACACAGCCGCACUUGAGGAUACUCUGAGGGCUCAUUAACACACAUGACGGUUGGCUUAUCGUGGGUUUGUCGGCUUCCAAACUUAUAUUCUCCUUUUGGAGUUGUGGGCUUUGAGGGCUAAGCUUCUUAGUGAAGCUGUGAUUUGACCAGAGGGCUUGAUCGGAG